AUGUCUUUUUUUCCCCUCCCCAGACAUUACCUGGUGGUGAUCCCUGCAGAUCUCCGCUACCCAUCCACCCAAGUUGCCUGCCUCCAUAUCACCUGUUAUGAAGGAAAGCUUCGAGUGAAUCUGGUCCUGGAGCGCUCUGCAGGACAUGAACUCUUAGUGCAAGAAACCAUCCAGAAGGAGAAGACUUUCAUGUGCACUAAGUUCUGGGUCGCACCUCCAGCUGAUGGCACAGAGGAGAUUGCCACUGUCAAACUGAUCAUCACAGGUGAAGGGGUCAGUAUUGAAGAGAAGAAAAAGGUCCUGAUCCGCAAGGCCAGCACUGGCACCUUCAUCCAAACAGACAAGCCCAUCUAUCAACCAGGGCAGACAGUGAAAUUUCGCAUCGUGACUCUGGAUGAGGAAUUCAUUGUACUCAACGAUUCGAUUUCCCUGUUUCUCCAGGACCCUAAGAACAACCGGAUAGAGCAGUGGCUGAAUGUGGUCCCGCAAGACGGCAUUGCAGAUCUGUCUUUCCGGCUAAGUGACGAGCCUCUGCUGGGGACAUAUGUCAUCAAUAUAACCAAUGCGAAAGCGUACGGCAGCUUCUCCGUUGAGGAGUAUGUGCUGCCAAAAUUUGAAGUGAUCUUUGAAGCGCCAAAUCAGAUUUAUGCACUAGAUAAAACCUUCCCGCUCCGGGUAUGUGGCAGAUACACCUAUGGGAAAGGCGUCCGAGGGAUGGUUCACAUGAGCCUUUGUCAGAAGAUAGCCCCAUUCCUGCCCAAUGCUUCGAAACCUGAUCUCUGUCAGGAAUUCAACAACCAGACAGAUGAGACAGGUUGCUUCUUCACAAAUGUGAGUUUGUCCUUCUUCAGUCGAGACUUUCGGUACUAUCAGGACAGCAUAGUUGCAGAGGCCUUGCUGGUGGAGGAUGGCACAGAGAUACACAUCAAUGCUUCCCACAAAUUACUCAUCUCCAAGAUUGGCGGGAUGGCCUUGUUUGAUGAUGUGAAUUCUUACUACCACACUGGAGAGAUGUACAGGGGGAAGAUUAAAGUCAUCGACUACCAAGGCAAGGCACUGAAGCACAGAAAAGUCCUCCUUGUAGUAAGCUGCUGUGAGCAGCAAUUUAAGCGGAAGUACAUCACUGGGGACUCUGGGAGAGCUUCAUUUAGCCUGAACACGACUGCUUGGAACAGCAGCUCGAUCUCCCUGGAGGCAAUUGUCCUGCAUCAAGAUUUGGAUAAAGAGCCUGGGACAGUUGGUUUGAGUUACCAGCGAGCCUCUCAUUUCAUACGUCCAUUCUACAGCACCAGCAGGAGUUUUCUCUCUAUUGUCCGUGUGCCGGAAACAAUGCCCUGCGGUAAAAAGCAGGCUGUCCAGGUGGCCUUCAGAAUUUACCAGGAGGACCUGGAACACGGGCCCAAGCGUGUCAUUUUCUCCUACUUUGUCACAGGGAAAAGAGGAAUAGUCCAUGCAGGUCAGAAGACUGUUUGGGUUGGGCUGUCAAGAAUGCUGAAAGGCGGCUUCUCCAUCCCUCUUACCUUCAGCUUGAUCUAUGCCCCAGCUCCAAGACUUGUUGUUUAUGUUAUCUUCCCUAAUGGAAAAAUCAUCGCUGAUUCUGCCAUCUUCAGUGUCUCCAUGUGUUUCAGAAAUAAGGUGGAGCUGGGCUUCUCAACGCCGGAGACCCUUCCUGAUUCAGAGGUUGGUCUCCACCUGCUGGCAGCUCCUGGGUCCACGUGUGCUGUCUGGGCUGUGGAUCAGAGUGUCCUUUUGCUGAAGCCAGGAAAAGAGCUCAGCAGCUCCUUGAUCUAUGGGCUGUUCCCAUCUGUUUAUAACUCCAGGUAUCCUCACCAAGUGUCUGAAGAUGAUCAUUCAUGUGGGUUCCCAAAUUCUGAUGAGCCUGAUGUGUUUACAGCAUUCAGGGAAAUGGGGUUGAAAAUUAUGUCCAACACCAAUAUCAGGAAACCCAGAGUGUGUCCAACCACUCCAUCAACAACUAUGCUGCAGGAAACAGCAAUGUUUACUUCCAGGCACAUGUUGAUGUUUGCCCAGCCCCAUAAAGCAUAUAACACAGAACCUCUGACAACAUCUACCUAUCAGCCCACUAUGUUUUCACCUGUUUCUUCAGCUGAAGAAAAAGUACACAAGCAUUUCCCCGAAACCUGGAUAUGGGAUUUGUAUUCUGUGGGUCCCAGUGGGAACAAGAAUGUCACUGUCACUGUGCCUAACACCAUCACACAAUGGAAAGCAGCGAUGUUCUGCACAGGACGUAAUGGCUUUGGACUUUCUCCAACCUCCAGUCUGCUUGUUUUCAAGCCCUUUCUUGUGGAGCUCACACUGCCAUCUUCUGUGAUCCAGGGUGAGACCUUCAUCUUGAAGGCCACAGUCCUCAACUACCUGCAGCGGUGCAUGAAGAUCCAAGUGACCCUGGAGGAGUUUGCCCACUUCCAGCUGAAGCCAUGCAAAGGCUGUGUCUACAGCAGCUGCUUAUGUGCCAAUGAAGCUAAGACCUUUCAGUGGAGUGUCACAGCUGAGCAACUGGGGCUCAUGAACAUCACCCUCAGCACAGAGGCUGUGGCCACCAAGGAGCUCUGUGGUGAAGAGCUACCAUUUGUCCCAAACCAAGGACAGAAAGACACGAUCACCAAACUCCUUCUAGUCCGGCCAGAGGGAGUGUUGGUAGAAAAGGCUCGCAGCUCCAUCCUGUGUCCCAAAAAAGGGAGUCCAGCACAGGAGUCUGUAUCCCUGAUGUUGCCUCUAAAUGUGGUUGAAGGUUCAGUCAGAGCCACUGUGUCGGUCACCGGUGACCUCAUGGGGACAGCACUGCAGAACCUAGACCGUCUGGUGCAGAUGCCCCACGGCUGUGGGGAGCAGAACAUGGUGCUGUUUGCCCCCAUUGUCUAUGUGCUGCAGUACCUGGAGAAGACGAGGCAGCUGACCCCUGAGAUCAAGGAGAGGGCAACAGGAUUCCUGCGCAAUGGGUACCAGAUACAACUGCAGUAUCAACACCCUGAUGGUUCCUACAGUGAAUUUGGUACCAAGGAUGAGUAUGGUAAUACUUGGCUGACUGCAUUUGUGGUUAAAUGCUUUGUCCAAGCCAAGCCAUACAUUUUCCUGGACAACAGGACCAUCCAAGCCGCUCUCACCUGGCUGGAGUUCCACCAGCUUCCUAACGGUUGCUUCAGAAAUGUGGGCCAACUCUUCCACACAGCCAUGAAGGGAGGUGUGGAUGGGGAAGUCCCCUUGGCUGCCUACAUCACUGCUGCGUACUUGGAGGCAGGAGAGGUGCCAGAGAGUACAGUGGUGCGCAAGGCUCUGGGCUGCAUCGCUCCUUCCCUUCCCAAUGCUGCCAGCACUUACACCCAGGCCCUGCUGGCCUACACCUUCGCCCUGGCUAAGGACUCUCAACGCACGCAAAAGCUACUUGAUAUGCUUGAUCGAAAGGCAAUCAGAGCAGGUGGGCAGAUCCACUGGAGUCAGACCUCGUCCAAGCCCAGACCCAGCACCAGCCCUUGGUCACAGCCACUGUCUGUGGAUGUGGAGUUGACGGCCUAUGUUCUCAUGGCCCUGCUCUCCAAGCCAAAUGUCACAGGGUCUGAUCUCACCACAGCCUCUUGUGUCGUGGCCUGGCUCACCAGGCAGCAGAAUGCCUAUGGAGGGUUUGCCUCAACACAGGACACAGUAGUCGCCUUGCAGGCCUUGGCUAAGUAUGCAGCGCUGACGUACAGCACGAAAGGGGUUGCAGAAGUGAGGGUGAGGUCCCAGAGAGGCUUUGGGAGGAAGUUCCACAUCUCCUACCAGAACCGGCUAUUGGUGCAGGAGGCAGCACUGACAGAAGUGCCGGGAAAGUUCUCGGUGCAGGCCCACGGCAGCUGUUGUGUCUUUACCCGGAUGGUGCUGAGGUACAACACGCCCUCCCCACAGGUCUCCACAUCCUUUGCCUUGCAAGUGAAAACCGAGCCAGUCAAUUGCACCAAGGAUGAUACACACUCUGUUACUGUCUAUGUCAAUGUCAGGUAUACUGGGAAGAGAUCCACUUCCAACAUGGUGAUCGUGGAGGUGUCCCUGCUGUCUGGAUUUGUCCUGGCUCCAGGAUCCGGGAUGUCUCUGCAGCAUUGGCACCCUGUGAGAAGAACUGAGAAAACACAGGGAGGUGUUGCCAUUUACUUGGACAAGCUGAGCCAUAAGUCUGAGACAUAUGUCCUGCAUCUGGAGCGGGAGAUUGGGGUGACCAACCUGAAGCCAGGCCAUGUCAGGGUCUAUGACUACUACCAUCCAGAGGAGCAGGCCCUGGCUGAUUAUAAUGUCUUCUGCAUCUGA